UUUAUUUUCACGUUUUUGACAGCAUGUAUUCUUUCUUCUGUUAGUAUAAUACAUAACAAUAAUUAUAUACAUACAUGCAGACAUGUGUAAUGCAUAUUUUACAUAUACAUAUAUAUAUAUAGUCAGUUUUAACCCGAGGUCUCCCUUGAUAUUAUGAGGCUAAGUUUAAGGUAGAGUAGGUAUUCAAAGCAGUUUCUUUGGAGUUUGCAUGCCCCAGCCUUCCCCUACUUCCCUGCCGUACUUCGUCCUGUUCCCUCUUCACACGUGGAAUUUGGAACUUCUAAAAUCUGCUCAGCGCUCAGCCAAAUAACGUAGCAGUGCAGCAGGUACCACGUUCCUGACUCCGGGGUCUGGUUUCGCGCCCGCACUUCUCUUCCGUGGGGAGGCGGGAGCCUCGGCACUCGCUGCCGGGCGCUAUCCCAGAGGGCCGGGCCGGGCCGGGCCCGAGGCCGCCCCUUCGCCCCUCGCCUGUCCAGUUCGCUGAAGGUUUCUGUCUGUUGUCGGGCUGGGCGCCGUGGGCCCCCCGUUUCCCGUCGGCCAGGAUUGAGGUGCUCGCGUUCUGUCGCCCGCAGGCUCCUGGCAGUGUGGGACGCACCGGGGAAAGGCGGACGGCGGCGCCGGCGGCCCCGAGGCGGCCCGGGCGGGCGGAGCCGUGCCCGGCGCUAGGACCCAGCAGGACGCGAGGCGGCUCUUCGGGCCGGAUCACAAAUUCGUCGUGACUCAGUCUCUGCUCGGCGCGGAGGCAGCGGGAACAGACAGCCAAGAUGGAGUACGAGUGGAAGCCUGACGAGCAGGGGCUCCAGCAGAUCCUGCAGCUGCUCAAGGAGUCCCAGUCCCCGGACACCACCACGCAGAGAGCCGUGCAACAAAAACUAGAACAACUUAAUCAGUAUCCAGAUUUCAACAACUACCUGAUUUUUGUUCUUACAAAGUUGAAGUCUGAAGAUGAGCCAACACGAUCUUUGAGUGGUCUUAUCUUGAAGAAUAAUGUAAAAGCGCAUUUUCACAACUUUCCAAAUGGGGUAACUGACUUCAUUAAAAGUGAAUGUCUGAACAACAUUGGUGAUUCCUCCCCCUUAAUUAGAGCUACUGUAGGCAUUCUGAUAACAACCAUUGCCUCAAAAGGAGAGUUACAGAAUUGGCCUGAACUCUUGCCAAAGCUUUGCAGCCUGUUGGAUUCUGAAGAUUACAAUACCUGUGAGGGCGCUUUUGGUGCUCUUCAGAAGAUAUGUGAAGAUUCUGCUGAAAUUUUGGAUAGUGAUGUGUUGGACCGGCCACUCAAUAUCAUGAUACCUAAAUUCUUGCAGUUCUUCAAGCACAGCAGUCCAAAAAUACGGUCUCAUGCAGUGGCAUGUGUCAAUCAAUUUAUCAUCAGCAGAACUCAAGCUCUUAUGUUGCACAUAGAUUCUUUUAUUGAGAAUCUUUUUGCACUGGCUGGUGAUGAGGAGCCUGAAGUACGCAAAAAUGUUUGCCGUGCUCUGGUAAUGUUGCUGGAAGUUCGGAUGGAUCGCCUGCUUCCUCAUAUGAUUAGUAUAGUUGAGUAUAUGCUUCAAAGGACCCAGGACCAAGAUGAAAAUGUGGCUUUGGAGGCAUGUGAAUUUUGGCUGACUUUGGCUGAACAGCCGAUUUGUAAAGAAGUAUUAUGUCGGCAUCUUACUAAGCUGAUACCUGUGCUGGUAAAUGGUAUGAAAUAUUCAGAAAUUGAUAUUAUUCUGUUGAAGGGGGAUGUUGAAGAAGAUGAAGCUAUUCCAGAUAGCGAGCAGGAUAUAAGGCCUCGUUUUCAUCGUUCGAAGACGGUGGCUCAGCAACAUGAAGAAGAUGGUAUUGAAGAUGAUGACGAUGAUGAUGAUGAACUUGAUGAUGAUGAUACUAUUUCUGACUGGAAUUUAAGGAAAUGUUCUGCUGCUGCUCUAGAUGUCCUAGCUAAUGUAUUUCGUGAUGAACUUCUGCCACACAUCUUGCCACUGUUGAAGGAAUUGCUUUUCCACCCGGAGUGGGUAGUUAAAGAAUCUGGUAUCCUUGUUCUUGGUGCAAUUGCUGAAGGCUGCAUGCAGGGUAUGAUUCCAUAUCUUCCAGAGCUAAUCCCUCACCUUAUUCAGUGCCUCUCUGACAAAAAGGCUCUUGUGCGCUCCAUUACAUGCUGGACUCUUAGUCGCUAUGCACACUGGGUAGUUAGUCAACCCCCAGACACAUACUUGAAGCCAUUAAUGACUGAGUUGCUAAAGCGUAUCCUGGAUAGCAACAAGAGAGUACAAGAAGCUGCCUGCAGUGCCUUUGCUACUCUAGAAGAGGAGGCUUGUACAGAACUUGUUCCUUAUCUUGCAUAUAUACUUGACACUUUGGUCUUCGCAUUUAGUAAAUACCAGCAUAAAAACCUGCUCAUUCUUUAUGAUGCUAUAGGAACCCUAGCAGAUUCUGUAGGACAUCAUCUAAAUAAACCAGAAUAUAUUCAGAUGCUAAUGCCUCCAUUAAUCCAGAAGUGGAACAUGCUGAAGGAUGAAGAUAAAGAUCUCUUCCCUUUAUUAGAGUGCCUGUCGUCAGUUGCUACUGCCUUGCAAUCUGGCUUUCUUCCAUACUGUGAACCUGUGUACCAGCGUUGUGUAAAUCUGGUGCAGAAGACACUUGCACAAGCCAUGUUGCAUAAUGCUCAGCCAGACCAGUAUGAGGCUCCAGAUAAAGAUUUCAUGAUUGUGGCUCUUGAUUUACUCAGUGGUUUAGCUGAAGGACUUGGAGGCAACAUUGAACAGCUAGUGGCUCGCAGCAAUAUCCUGACACUAAUGUAUCAGUGCAUGCAGGACAAAAUGCCUGAGGUACGGCAGAGUUCUUUUGCAUUGUUAGGUGAUCUGACAAAGGCAUGUUUUCAGCAUGUAAAACCUUGCAUCGCUGAUUUCAUGCCAAUUUUGGGAACCAACCUAAACCCUGAAUUCAUUUCUGUGUGUAACAAUGCCACCUGGGCAAUUGGAGAAAUCUCUAUCCAGAUGGGUAUAGAAAUGCAGCCUUAUAUUCCAAUGGUCUUGCACCAGCUUGUAGAAAUAAUUAACAGACCCAACACACCAAAGACGUUGUUAGAGAACACAGCAAUAACAAUUGGUCGUCUUGGUUACGUUUGUCCUCAAGAGGUGGCCCCCAUGCUACAGCAGUUUAUAAGACCCUGGUGCACCUCUCUGCGAAACAUAAGAGACAAUGAGGAAAAGGAUUCAGCAUUCCGUGGGAUAUGUACCAUGAUUACGGUCAACCCCAGUGGAGUAGUCCAAGACUUUAUUUUUUUUUGUGAUGCUGUUGCAUCAUGGAUUAGCCCAAAAGAUGAUCUUCGAGACAUGUUCUGUAAGAUUCUUCAUGGAUUUAAAAAUCAAGUUGGGGAUGAGAAUUGGAGGCGUUUCUCUGACCAGUUUCCUCUUCCCUUAAAAGAGCGCCUUGCAGCUUACUAUGGAGUUUAACCUCAUGCACUGUAGCUGCAGUCCCAUAAUUAGAGGUCCUUCAGUCUGGGAGACUAUGAGGGAGCCUCUGCACCCAGGGAAAAUGUUACCCUUUACUGGGGGGAAGGGUAAACCAGUAGGGAAUACAGUACAAUCCCAACCCUACUGGGAGGGGCGGGAGGGAGGUGUUGCCGUCACUGUAUUAAGUCGAUGUUGGGAAAUGUUUUAACAUCUGGAGCCUUUGUGGGUGGAAAUCUGUCUCCUAUUACACCUCUGCACUGGAUGUGAAGAAGAAAAAAAAAGAAUCUAGUCACAAAACAGCACAUUCUGGAAUAUUGUGGGGAUUUAUACUAAAAUAAGAAACCAUAUAAUUGAACCAUAGGGAUACGUAAAGAGGAAAAAUAUUUUGCGCACAAUAAAGGAAACCUAAGAAUGGGGGUCACAAACAGUAAAA